ACAGUUUAUGUCUUAUCAGUCAUCAAAUUUGAAUCGUGCCCACCACCACAACGUCAAAACCCAAAUGUAGGAAUAUCACCUCUGCAGGUUGGGAUUUAAUUUUUAUAACUAUAAUAUUGCCAUUGCACUCGACGUUCAGUGACGUAAGUACUAAGUGCUCACUGCCUGUAUGGGGUUUAAUAGCGACAGUACAAAAUAUAAAUUGUGUACGUUUUCGAUCGAUGUCGUUUUUAUACUGUCCUUCGGCAUAAUAGUUUACCUACUUCAGAGUUGAGUGUUCAUUUCUAUGUGGAUAAGUUUAUCGAAUACGUUUUCAUUUUUAUACCCGUCCACGGAUUCAUGAUGCGUUCACUGAACACGUUUUUACGACCAUCGGCAGGUGUCCGAAACAUUUCCAGUUUGGUAUUACCUGAGACCCACUCAAAACUAAAAAAUAUGUGUCGAGAAUUUUCGGAAGCUGAAUUACGGCCUGUUGCUGCAACACUAGACAAGCAACAGAUGUUCCCUUCUGAUCAAAUUAAAAAAUUAGCUGAUUUGGGAAUCCUAGGGGUUGUAGUUGACAAGAAAUAUGGUGGUUCAGGAGCUGACUCUCUUGCAUUAUCAAUAGCUGUUGAGGAAAUAUCCAGAUGCUGUGGUGGAACUGGUUCGAUUGUAAGUAUUCAUAAUGCUUUAUAUGCAGGUAUAAUAAACAAAGUCGGCACUCCUGAACAAAAAUUGCAAUUUCUGCCAGAUUUCAUUAGUAAAGGUAUUGUUGGAUGUUUUGCUCUCAGUGAACCAGGAAAUGGCAGUGAUGCUGCUAAUAUGCAGACAAUAGCAAAACGUGAAGGAGAUCAUUGGAUAUUGAAUGGUACAAAAGCUUGGGUGACUAAUGGUAUUGAAGGCGGUGCAAUUAUUGUGAUGGCUCGUUCUGAUGUUUCUAAAGGCCAUAACGGUGUGUCAGCAUUUAUUGUACCAACAAAUACACCAGGUUUAACAAGGGGUAAAAGAGAUGAUAAAUUAGGUAUUAGAGCAGCAUCUUCUUGUAAUAUUAUUCUGGACAAUGUUAUUGUACCAGUUGAAAAUAUGUUGGGGAAUGAAGGUGAUGGUUUCAAAAUAGCCAUGUCAGGAAUUGAUUUGGCUAGAAUAGGUAUUGCAUCACAAGCAUUGGGGAUAUCACAAGCUGCAAUGGACUGUGCCAUUGACUAUGCUGGAAAUAGAACAGCUUUUGGUAAUGCUAUUAUUAAACUGUCAGCUGUUCAGCAAAGACUUGCAAAAAUGGCUACACGGUUGGAGGCUUCUAGACUUCUGACAUGGAAAGCCGCAUGGUUGAGAGACAAUAAUCACCCUUUUACCAAGGCAGCAUCUAUGGCCAAGUUAGAAGCAUCACAAACGGCAACAUAUGUUACACAUAAUUGUAUACAGAUUCUGGGCGGGAUUGGAUAUAUUGCAGAUAUGCCAGCUGAACGGCACUACAGAGAUGCGAGGAUAACUGAAAUAUAUGCAGGUCCGACAGAUAUUCAAUAUUUAGUUAUUGCUGAUAAAUUAGCAAAAGAAUAUGGGUAUAAAACUAGAUAAGAUUUCAUUAUUAAAUUUCUUAAUUUGGUUGUGGACAAUUUGUUUAUAUUAUUUAUUAUUAUUAAUUAAGUUAUAUCAUUGAUUAAGUAUACAAUAAUAAGUUAUAUAAUUGUGUUGAGUAUUUUUCUGUCAAUUGUAUAAAUUUUUUGUAAGUGCUAACUAAUAAGUUUAUUUUACUAUGGGGACAAAUACAAAUGAGCAAUAUACAAAAAUCAUUAGAAAUGUAUGUACCUGUGUACAAAUAGUCACACACAUCAAAUAUUUAAUUAUAUUUUCAUGUUUUCUA